AGGCAUUCAGUGGGACCAGAGCUGCUGCUGCUGCUGCGCGUCGGACACGUUUGGAUAAAAAAGACGCACCGGUUUUGGCGCAUGUUUUCUGCCCGUUUUUUCUCCUCUCCUCGCGUCUCCACUCGGAUGCUGGAUGCAAGCCUCCUCAGCCGCCGUGGUGACACAAACGCACGUCUGACGGACAAACCAUGGACAGUCUAGGCAGCCGCUGUAAGAUCGUGGUGGUCGGGGACACGCAGUGUGGAAAGACGGCGCUGCUGCACGUUUUUGCCAAGGACUGCUAUCCAGAGAACUACGUGCCAACAGUGUUUGAGAACUACACAGCCAGUUUUGAGAUCGAGAAGCACCGGAUUGAGCUGAAUAUGUGGGACACGUCAGGUUCUUCUUAUUACGACAACGUGAGGCCGCUGGCGUAUCCGGAUUCAGAUGCGGUUCUCAUCUGUUUCGACAUCAGCCGCCCAGAGACUUUGGACAGUGUCAUAAAGAAGUGGCAGGGAGAGACGCAGGAGUUCUGUCCCAACGCCAAGGUGGUUCUGGUGGGCUGCAAGCUGGACAUGAGGACGGACGUCAACACCCUGAGAGAGCUGUCCAAGCAGCGCCUCAUCCCCGUCACCCACGAACAGGGCAGCACGAUAGCCCGGCAGAUGGGGGCGGUGGCCUACGUCGAGUGCACCUCCAAGGUUUCCGAGAACAGCGUCCGGGACGUGUUCCACAUCACCACCUUGGCGUCGGUCCGGCGGCCGCACAAGCCGCAGCUCAAGCGAAGCAGCAGCCGCAGAGGCCUGAAGCGAGUGUCGCAGCUCCCCCUGCCGCCUCUGCCGGGUCGGACUGAGCAAAUGGACCAGGCCCCAGCCAUGAGGAAGGACCGGGCCAAGAGCUGUGUGCUCAUGUAGAGACCCACCGUUUAUCAUUCUAUAUAUAUAUAUAUGUAUAUACAUAAACACAGAAAUAUAUAAAAGAGGAAGUCUAUUUAUUAUUUGAUGUUUUUUUUUUUCCUCGUAUUUUCAUUUUUUGCACUGCAGAGGAGAUGGAAAAGAGAAACACUGCACUGUGGAAACAAAUGCUUUGGAUUUUUUUUCUUUUUUGUUGUUGCGUGUGUGCAUAUUUUACAAGCUGUUUACAUAUUUGUGUUGCUUUGAAAUGAUGGCAAAUUGGACUAACGCUCUGGACACGAGGAAACUGUGAUAGCGGAAGUGCCGUCUAGUCCCCGGGAAUUAAAGUGGAAUUAAUUUCCUGAAACCGCUCUAAUAAGAAGACGGCACGGCAACGGAGAGCGCGAGGAGAGCCGUGUCGAAGCUGGAGAUGAAGCUCGUUUUCAAAGACGGUGUUGUUCAGCAGACAUCACAAGUAAUUGUCUGACUGCGCCCGCCCGAAGCUGCCAUAUUUGAGAAGAAAACCUGCAUGUACAGUGAUGCUGAAAAGGGAUUCUAGUGAUCAGGUGAAUGACGGCUCAUUGAGAGGCUGGAAAUGAGAUUCUGUGAAAUGUGGCGAAGGUGCGAGUGCGAGCGUUACUACCACAAGUGCAUUUUAGAAAAAGAAGACGGUCACCAGAUUUUAUUUUGCCCAUUUAACACUAUUUUUCUCAUCCACUCCAGUCGUGUCAGUUGGAUUCAAUAAAAUUAAUGCUGUUGUUUCUUUGUGGAAAAUAAAGUGGUAAAAUGUUAGGGCUAUUUUGUUGUACUUUCACUAAAGUCUAAAAUAAAGCAACAGCUUGACUGUAUAGGGAAAA